AUGUUCGAUAAUUCCGAAGAGCAUUUACAAUUAGAAGAACAAGACCUUUCAAUUUUCGAGGAGCCUGAGGGAUAUUUACCUCCGCCUUCACAACCAACUUUUCAUACGUUUUCACGCAAAGAAGAAAAUGUAUUACAAUCUGAUAGUCAUAAAACUUUUAGUAUACGUUUAGUUGGAUCACAUCCAUUGUGGGGACAUAUAUUAUGGAAUGCGGGCAAAUGUUUUGCGUGGUAUUUAGAUGAACAUAAAGAAUUGAUAAAAAGAAAAAAAGUUUUGGAACUUGGAGCAGGCGGGGCCUUACCUUCAUUAAUAGCGGCUGUAAAUGGAGCGGAAAGGGUUGUUAUUACCGAUUAUCCGGACGAUGAUUUGAUAGGGAAUAUUCGACAUAAUGUAAUUACGAAUUUGAGCACAACGGAUAAUAUAAAUAUAUUGGGAUACAUUUGGGGCAAAGAUACGAGUCCCUUACUUAAUACGAUAUCAUCAAAUUUAUAUGAUCUCAUCAUAUUAUCUGAUCUGAUAUUUAAUCAUUCUCAACAUAAAGCAAUUUUAAAAACAUGUGAAGAAUGUCUUGAGCCCAUUAAUGGACAGGUAUUGGUUUUUUUUACUCAUCAUCGACCAAAUUUAGCAAAUAAGGACAUGGAAUUUUUUGAAGAAGCGAAACAUUUAAAAUGGAAAGUUGAGAAAGUCCAUGAAAAGAUUAUGAAUGUCAUGUUUGAUAAAGACCCUGGAAGUGUAAUUGUCAGAUCAAUUGUUCACGGAUACAAACUGACUAUUAAUAAUUAA